AUGCUUUCAUUUCUUAGAAAUGCAUUCUGCUCCACGCCCUCGCUCGACUUGCCUUCCGUGCUCCUUGUUGUAGGCACUUUUGGUUCCUGCAUCAGAGUUCUUCAUCUCCUACCCGAAGACGGCACCAUCGAACGCUUAAGCUUGACAACUGGCUCCACCAAGUUUCGCCGAGGUGGAACCAAAGAACAAGCACGCGAGCAAAUUGGUACGAUCACACUUGAUCAUGGAAACGGCGAAACCGCUUGGGGUUUUCUCGACGAGAUUGAGCCACGAGUCCGCAAGCUGUGGGACGAUUCCCUAAACUCGAAACCCGCGCAAACAGAGAGUAUCGAGGUGAUUCAGUUGGCGAACGAUGUGCUCAAGCCUGAUCCCAUCGGCGAGUUCGAGCGUAUCUGGGCCUCUGAGAAACGCACCCGCCCCGGAGCACUCUGCUCAUUAUAUACUCCAACCGCCGCAAUGCCUCCGAGACUACGGCUAUCGACGUGCUCGAAGCUGUCUCAAUCCCUUCGACAUGAGAGCAAAAGGCAAUCCAGGGCCACAAUCGGAGCAGCCUUCGCCUCUCAAUUUUAUACACCCUCCCUCAAUCACACAAGGGCGGCCACGACGGCGGCUGCCGUCGCCGCUACUCCUACAUCCUACCCGCCAACGCAGCCACCCUCCCAUCGCCGACCAGAAUACCGCAAGACACAACUCCAUCGCCAAUACACCUCCCUCCUGCGCACAAUGCCAUUGAUUCUCCUAUUCCAGCACAACAACCUCAAAUCCAUCGAAUGGGUAAACAUCCGCCGCGAACUCUCCAAAGCCCUGCGAACCGUGGACGAAAACCACAUCGCAAACGGAAGAACCGACGUGCCACCGCUCGCCGACGCGAUCAAGAUGCAAACCAUCAACACAAACAUCUUCGAAGUCGCCUUGCGGGUCGUCGACUUCUUCCGGCCCGAGACCGCGGGAAUCGCCGAUUCAGCGUCGCCGAUCAUGACGCACGACCUCUCCGAGGCGGCCUUCCAGGCUGUUUUAAACAAGCGCGGAAAGCACGAGCUGGCGGCGCUGCUUGUGGGACCGAUUGCGCUGGUCACGUUUCCGUACGUAUCCCCCGAACACGUCAAGGCUGCCCUGUCCAUUUUGGCACCCAGCCCGCCGACAUUCCCGGCUCCGAAACGGCGAGUGAAUCCGGGCUAUUAUGAGCUUGAGACGCAGUCUGGGUUGCAGAAAUUGGUGCUGCUGGGCGCCAGGGUGGAAGGAAAAGUGUUUGAUGACGAAGGGACGAGAUGGAUCGGCAGCAUUGAAGGUGGCAUGGGUGGGCUCAGGGCUCAGCUGGUGCAUUUGUUGCAAUCUGCGGGAGCGAGUCUCACGGGGACUUUGGAGGGUGCGGGAAAGAGCUUGUAUCUUACGAUGGAGAGUCGGAGAAGUGUUUUGGAAGAGGAGCAGAAUGGUGGGAAGAAGGAGGAAUGA